UUUGGUUUUCUAUAGCAUCUUUUUUUCAUUGACAUAAAAGCAUUCAAAUUGGCCAAGAUUCUCAAACAAACACAAAAUAAUAAAUAAUAAUUGUUAAGUGGCAGGACAGAAAUGAACCAUCACCACCAAGUGCAGGCCUUUCUCCUAAGGGACAUCACCAAAAUGCCUAAUUCCAGGUCAUCUGUUCUAGUCUUCUUCCUCAUUGGCCUCUUUUCUUUCUUUCUCAGUGAAGCUGCUCCAAUUUACAGUUCUCAUUGCUGCACAGAUUCCAUCAAAUACAAACCAAACUCCACGUUCCAAACCAACCUCGACCUCCUGCUCUCUUCUCUCUCUUCCAACGCCACCCAAGGCAGCCGUUUCUUCCGAACCCGAAUCGGCGACGGUACCGUCAACGGCCUCUUCCUCUGCCGCGGCGACACCCUCGCCGCCGCUUGCAGUGACUGCGUCUCUACCGCUGCCGGAGAGAUAAAACGCCGAUGCCCGGUUGAGAAAGAGGCCAUAAUCUGGUACGAUGUCUGCAUGCUUCGAUACUCCAACCAAUCUCUCAACAACAUCGUACCUUCCACAGACCUGUCGAAUAUGAAGAACGUUUCGCCGGAGGAUAAGGAGAGGUUCAAUGAACUGCUGGCCGGGAUGCUGAAUUCUCUGGCCACGAAAGCUGUGAAUUCUCAAAAGGGAAAUUUUGCAACGGCAGAUGUGAACUUCACGAGAACAGAGACGCUGUUCGGAUUAGUACAGUGCACGCCGGAUCUGACGGUGUUUGACUGUAAUAUGUGUUUGAGAAGCGCCAUCGCUUCUGUUCCGAAUUGCUGCGACGGAAAACGUGGAGCGACGGUGCUGCUUCCUGCCUGCAACAUCAGAUAUGAACUCCACCCAUUCUUCAACACCACCCCAUCAUCUGAUCCCCCUGCCAUUCAAUCUCGUCCUUCAGGAAGGAGCCAUGUUUCAGUAAUUCUUGGAUUCGUCAUCCCUGUAGUUGCUUCGAUAAUGCUUUUUGCCUUCGGUUUCUGCUCUUUCGCGGGAAAACAAGGAAGAGAGAUGCUUCUGUUGUGUAGGAAAACGGCAUCUGACUUUUGUUUCCUUCAUCAAAACGCAGCAUUUGUCUGAGGUAUAGAUGAAGGCGGUAUGACUCGUAAGAAAUUUUGAGAAGCGGAGACAUUGGGACAAAAAUAUUUUGAUGAAACUUCAGUUUGCGUAGGUGGAACAGUCUUAGAAAAGUCUGUGGAGUGUGGAGUGCCACCUGCUGGCUGCAGCUGUGAUGUGAGAAGUGAGACGAGAAGAAAAGUUGCGUGUGGCCCGAGUGCACGAGUUUGAACUUUAAUUUGCAGUAAUUGUUUUGUGCAUUUUUUUCCUGAUCUGUUCAACUUGUACAUUUUUUUUUUUUGACCAAACGUUCAACUUGUCCAUUAACCAAUGGAUAUUUGGUUGAUGACCUGUGGCCUGCCGGGCGCAAUUAAUGUCAUGCCGAACGGGACACGACUCUCUUCAAUUU